CUGCGCCUGCCCCCAGCCCCGGCGCCAAGGCCCUGCCCCCAGCCCCAUUGUCCCCUUGGGCCCUUCUCCUGCCCCUUGCCCGCAGUCUGGGGGGGCAGACGGGGCCACUCAGCCCGUCCGGAGAUCUCGGAGCCGGGAAUCUAGCCCCCUCCCCUGGGGGAAACUGAGGCCCAGCGAGUCGCCGAGCUGGGAGGGGCCCCAGGGGUCCUGGUUCUAUCGUUCUGGUCACUAGGCCACGGGCUCUGGCCUCCCCCCACUCCCAGCACCGACUGGACUCGCCCCCCGCGCAUCCCAGCACCCGCUCAGCUGCUCCUGUCCCCAGGCGACAGGCCAGCUCCUGGCUGCCUUGUGACAUCAGAAAGCCCGGCUGGCGAAGCAGCAGGGCCCGGGCUAAAAUGGCCAGAUUAGUUUUACACGGGCGCUUGAGGGCUGCAGGCCAGGCCAGCACCUUGCGGGGGCCCCCCGGGGAAGGGAGUGCAGCGGGGGAACGGUCUGUGCCCUGGAAGAUGGGACUCUGCCAGGCCCGGCUUCCUAAAACCGCCAAGCCUCUGAAUCCUGAACUGCAGGAGAUGCUGAAGUCACAAGUCAUCAUCUUCGUGAUAGGAGGCCCGGGCUCCGGCAAAGGGACACAGUGCGAGAGGCUGGCUGCCAAGUACCAGUUCCAGCACCUGGGCAUGGGGAACCUGCUGCGGGCGGAAGCCAGCGAGCCCACGCGCCAGGGGCGACAAAUCAAGGACAUCAUGCUGAAAGGAGCGCUCGUGCCUUCAGGCUUCGUCCUCGACCUGCUGAACGAGAACCUGCUGCAGAGAGAGGAGGCGAAGGGCUUCCUGGUCAACGGCUUCCCCCGGGAGCUCAACCAGGCCAAGGACUUUGAGCGCGUGGUGGGGCGUCCUCCCAACUUCGUGAUCGUCUUGGACUGCUCAACGGAGACCAUGAUCCAGCGGCUGCUGCUGCGGGGCCAGACUGGCAAUCGGGCCGACGACCACGAGAGCUGCAUCCGCCAGCGGCUGGAGACUCACUACUCGCUGUGCGAGCCCGUCAUCAGCUACUACCAGCAGAAGAACCUGCUCAGAAACAUUAUUGGUGAGGAGCCGGAAGACGCCAUCUUCGCAAAGUGCUGCUCGGUGAUCGACAGCCUCCGCUAGGCCAGGUGCCUGGUGCCCUGCCCGGGCCGCCCCGCGGCUGGGUCUGUGUUCAAAUAAAGGCUCAGCUUCGGGCCCUGGCCCUGCGCUUGCCCUACGCGAGGCGGCCCUCUGCACCUGCCCCACCCCAUGGGGCUCAGGUUAGGGCGUGAGCACCCUCUGCUGGCCCAGAGCUGACCCCGCAUGCAGGUCCCUUUCCCAGAGAGGCCCUUCCCCAUCCCCAGCCAGGCAGCCAAGGUGCCUAGUGCGGCAGGGGCCCAGCUGCACAGAACCAGCCAGCAGGAAUCCAGGGCCUUGCAGA